AUGGAUGAGGCAUAUGUCUUGUAUGGCAGUGGAAAAUUGUCGUGGGAGCAGGUUCUGAGGUACACACGUUUAUCUAAGAGAUAUAUAGCUCUAUAUGCUUCACUGCUGAAAUCUGACCUCGAGCGGGCGGUAAUCGAUGAUAAUAAAGAAAUAGAGGAACUAGAUCGUGAACUUGAUAUUGACCUCAUACUUCGGUGGAGGAUGCUGGCUCACAAGUUUGUGGAGCAGUCAUUGGAGUCUGACCUCUAUUUGAGAAAACAGAAGUCAAAGAAAUCAUGGUGGUCAUUUGGCUGGACAAAUCAAUCUGUUUCGGAUGAAAAUGAACCAGGGACUUUUACGGAGGAUGACUGGGACCGGGUAAAUAAAAUCAUUGGCUACAAGGAAGGUGAUGAUGGACAGUUGCCGAUGACUACUGACAGGGGAGAUGUGCUUAAUAUUUUGCUAGAGGUUCAUAUGAAACAUAAUGCUUCAAAGCUUGCAGAUACUGUUGAAUGCCUUGCAGAGCUAUCCUGUGAUAAUCUUGAUUGUUUUAUGAAGUUCUAUUCAGAGACAAAAGUUUUUGACAUGAAAUUGGGAUCAUAUCGGUUGUCUUCACCAAAUGGUCUUCUUGCUGAGAGUGCCACUAUCUAUGAUUCGUUAGUUGGUGUCUUCUGCUAUAAGCCUUUCGAUGCUAAUGUGGACUGGAGCAUGGUUGCUAAAGCUUCUCCCUGUUAUGUGACUUAUCUGAAAGAUUCCAUUGAUCGCAUUAUCAAUUUCUUUGAAAGCAAUGCUUCCGUAAGUCAGAACAUAGCUUUGGAGACAGCUGCUGCAGUACAGAUGAGAAAUAUUGAAAAUGAUAUUUUGUAUUUAAUUAUUGCAUCUUCAUCAGAUACUGGUGCUUGUUGUAUGACAAUUGAUGAAGUUAAGCGCACUGCACAACAGCAAGUGAACCGAGCAUUGAAGGAUCAUACCAGGUUUUUCUUGGACCUGGAUAUUGCAGCUCCCAAGAUUACUAUUCCUACUGACUUCCGCCCAGACAGUAUCCACUCCACUAAACUUAUGCUUGACUUGGGGAACUUAGUAAUUCGUACUCGGGACGACAGCGAAUGGGUUUCACCUGACGAAACGAAUUUAUACAUUCAAUUUGAUCUGGUUUUGAGUGAUGUGUCUGCUUUUUUGGUUGAUGGUGAUUAUCAUUGGAGUCAGUCCUCUCUGUCUAGAACUGAUGAUACUUCCAAGUUUACUGUUACUAAUUUCCUUCCUGUUAUUGAUAAGUGCGGGGUGAUUUUGAAGCUUCAACAGAUUCGAUUUGACAACCCCUCCUAUCCUUCAACAAGACUUGCCAUGCGGCUCCCAUCCCUGGCAUUUCAUUUUUCUCCUGCUCGCUAUCAUCGGCUGAUGCAAGUUGCAAAGAUCUUCCAGGGAGAGGAUGGCGAUAAUGCCGAUCUCAUCCGCCCUUGGAAUCAAUCUGAUUUUGAGGGAUGGUUGUCUGUCCUUACCUGGAAGGGUGUGGGAAGUAGGGAAGCUGUCUGGCAGCGGCGAUACAUCUGUCUUGUGGGGCCUUUUCUUUAUGUACUCGAAAACCCUGGCUCAAGAUCUUACAAGCAGCGUCUCAGGUUCAAAUCCACAUUGUCGAAAUUGUUUACUGUUGGUGUGUAA